CAAAGGACUGAACACGGAGUGAGGUUUAGUGAGCCCAUGAGCAGAAAAUCACAAAACAUAAUUAGAUUUUGCUGUAAAUUACGAGGAAACAAUGCUAUUUUUCCCAUUUUCUUGGAUCCUGGACCUUUUCCAGUGGACACCGUUUGAUUUAAACCCUGUGGACAGUUUUUGUCAGGGCCUUAUAGGUGCUUGUGGAAUAUCUGUACUGUACAAUCUGAUGAGAGUUUACAACUUUAUUCAAGCAUGCAGUGAUUCUCAUAGUGAGCAUGGAAGUAAACGGAGGCCAUCCUUAAACAGAAAUCCUCUGAGAAAGAACUGGAGAGCGUCUCUUCAGUUCUGGUCCCUCACCGUCCUCCUGUCUCUGGUGGGGUUGAGGGCUGCCUCGCUCAUCGUACUGGAGUUUUUGCUCAGAGCUGUUUCUGCGUGGACUUCAACAGAGACGGGUGCCACUAGAGGUGUAGACUUCCUUCUAAUCCAGAGCCAGUUUUCCCUGGGCUGCAGCCUCACCUGUACUCUGGCCUUCCUCCAUCAGGGGGCUCCACACAGCUCCUUCAGUUUGAUUCUGGCUGCUGCUCUCAGCUGGGCACUGGCCAGCUACAGCAGCAGGCUGUGGACCCAUGUGGCCACACUCUACCCACUACACAGCACAGAGCACUGCUGUGGGAAAUGCAUGAGCCUGUUAACCACUGGACACACCAUACUGGCUUCACUGCAAAGACUGGUUAUCUUGACCUUUGCUGUAGGAUCUUUUGCAGGCGUCGCCACAGUUUCUGAGCACUUCCUGUCUCACAAGGAUGCUAUAAAGUUCUGGACUCCUCUAACACUCUGCUACACUAUGCUGGUGGUUUAUAUUCAAGAGGAACAACAGCGGCUGACGGACUCAGAGACCCUCCUGCGUACUGUAAUGCUGCGACUGGGAGGCUUACUGGUGCUCAUGCUGCUUUUGGGAAACUGGUCUGAUGUUUUUCACAUCCUCAUAUCUUUUCUGGGAGAGGGAGCUUGUCUGCUGCCCUCUCAGGAUCUGCUACAGGCUGCUUUAAAGGAAGAAAAAGAGACCAGCUUGAGCCAAAGUGAAAAGACGUCCAACCUCAACACGAGGACAACAAGAACAUCAUCCUAUGACGGUCAAAUGUCCACUUCAAAAGCCAACGACUUCCCUAAGCCAAGAAGAGUCAAUGCACAGAAUGAUAAAAUAUUUUGUGUGAAUAAGUUUAAAAGUGUAAAGUGAAUAUUUUAUGUUGCAAAACCUCGAGUAACAGGGUGUGAAUUUGGUGAG